CUUCCCCCCUCCUCCCUCCCUUUCUCUUGCUACUGUUCCGGCCGCGGUCCUUGGUUAGACACGUCCAGCGCUUGGGGUUCAUCGCGGUCUCUACUCUCCCCUCCCCUCCCCCCUCCCUUUCCUCCCCCUCCCCUCCUCCUUCGGCUGACCAUGUCCUUCCAGCAGCACCGGUACCAGCACCCGUAUGGCGGGGCCGGCCAUGGCACCAGCGGCGGGGGAGCCGGGGGCGGUCCGGCCAACCGGUCGGUCCUCAGUAGCCAGCAGCUGGACACCCAUGCGCGGUCUUUGCGCAAGGCGACCGACGCCGCGCUCCGGGGCGUUGGCGAGCUGAGCGCCACGCACGAGGGCACCCCCUGGAAUGACUUUGCGCGUCACCACACCGGCAUCAUGAACCACCUCCAGUCUCUCGCGGCCCUGGUGGCCGACCCCAAGACCGCGGCCACGAUCCUGGCCCCGCGGCGCAUCCCCGCCGAGAUGGAGCGCCUGGCCACCAUCCCGGAGAUGCUGCUACGCACGCGCCCGGUGCCGGAGGCCGAGAUGGCGGCCCUGGAGUAUGCCGCUCGGGAACGCACGCGCCUCGGCUGGUCCGGGUCGCUUGAGCAGGCACGCGAGCUGGCUCGGCGUGACCCGAGCCUGACCGGGCAGGCCGAAGAGCUGGAGGCGGCCGGACGCCUUGAGGAUUUCGUCGAGGCAGCCAGCCGGGCAUCCUCCUCCUUCGGCCAACUUCUGGCGGUUCUGCCCCCGGCUGGGGAUACGCUCAGCUCGGCCGCCGCCCAAGCGACUGCCCAAUCCCUGGGAGCGCUGGCGGCGGUCCCCCACCACCAGGCCGACACCAUCGGCUCCUUCCUGCAUGUCAUUCACUCGGGCAUUGAUCUUCCCCUGGUGGCCCCGCCGGAGCAUCUGGAGCGGGGCCUGGCUCGGUCUGUGGAGGAUGUGCGCCAGUGGCUCGGCGCCCCGGGCGAUGAGCAACGGGCCGGGGCCCUUGCCCCGCAUGUCGCCGUCUGCCAGCGCCAGGCCGGCACGGUGGUCGGCGUGCCGCCCGGAGUGGUCAUCGGCCCGCCGCCCAGUCUGCCGACCAUUCGCCCGCCCGGGCUGGCCGGGCUCAGUAGUCUGCCUGUCGGUAGCUCGGCUGCGGCCAAGCCGACGGCGCCGGGGCCCAGCGGCCCGGCAGCCACUGUUCGCCGCCCGGCCCCAAAGCCUGCGCCUCCCAGGACUCGGCCAGCUGGAACGGCCGCCGGCGCCGGCGGCAGCAAGAAGCCGGCUCCUGUGGCGACUAAGGCUGCCCCUGGCGGGGGCAAGUCCGCGGCCGGCACCGCCAGCGCUGGCGGGGGGGCCGCCGCUCGACCGGCCCCGAAGGGCAAGGCCAGCACCCCGGCCGGGGAUUCGGCCUCCGGAGCCAAGAAGGCCCCGGCCGUUUCCCGGCCCAAGUCCUCGACCGAGGGCGCCAGCAAGACGGCCCGGCCGGCGGCCGGCGGCAAGGCCACCACAUCUGCCGGAGCCAAGUCGGCGGCCGGUGGAGCCGGUGCCAGCAAGAAGGCCGCACCUGCCGGGUCGGCCGGCGGUGGGUCGGGCGCCAAGUCGGCAGCCAAGCCCACCGCGGCCAAGCCCGCUCCCAAGCGGAAAGCCGCCACCCCGGGGGCUGGGGAGCCGGCCGCCAAGCGGGCCAACCCCGGCGCCGGCGCCGGUGCCGCCAAGUAGUGCCCCUCUCCCCGCACAAUAGAUGCCACUCUUUCCCCCUCCCCCCUCGACGACAGGCAGGGCGAGAGCCAGGGAGACAGAGAGGGGAAG